CCCCAUAGCGUUGUUCGUAGCAAUUGCGGCUCAAGACCAAGUCCCUGCCACGUGCGCGUCGCUUCCGUGGUUGAGAAGGUAAUCUCUGAUUCAGGACGGUCCGAUGAUAGACAUCAUCAAAGUGAGCGAGUGGCUCACUAGGAAUGUCAACGAAAAGCUCUACCCGCGGUUGCUUUUGAUGUCACCAAACGGCAAUUUGCUCGCCUAUUCGACCCCAGUAAAUAUCAAGGAACUUCGCGACCAGGCAGCAUUGAUCUCGGCGGCAUGGAAAGAUCAGUGCACCGGUCGACAGACGCAGUCGACACCAGACCCGCGGAAGGACUCAGCCCGAGAUGAUGCAGAGGCAGCACAGCAAAAUGGCUUGAAACCACCUCUCGAGACACUCACUAUCGAAGCGGAAACCUGCAACAUUCUGAUACGAUCACUCCAGCCGGAGCUUCUUUUCGUACUAAUUGGCGAGCUCCCACCAAAUAAGGUACAGCAGUUCAAGAUUACCGCGGAGGGCCAUGGCGAUGCCCGACACCCUGCGCUGGAAGGAGCUGACACUCCAAACGAAUCAGCAGCCACGCAAGGCGCCUCUCGCACGCUCAAAGCUCCUUCCAUACUCAGUUCUAUGAGUCAGCGGGAAAAGGACGUCCGACUUGGUGUUCUGCACAUACAACGCAAGAGACUCGACGCUUUGACGGACUACAUCCAGCGUGACUUCAAGGACAGCGGAUUUAUUAUGCCGGCAGAUUGGGCGCUCCAGUAGCCAUGGACGGACAAACCCUUCCCAUCAGAAAUCCUGUUCGGCAAGCCUCCGGACAAGGUCUCGUUCUUUAAGCCCGGCAAGUCUCCCAAUGACCCCAGGAGUCCCUCAGCGAAACGCGACUCUGAAGACAUCUCACCCACCAGAAUCGGGCCUGGGGGUACUCAGCG